AAAGAAAAUAGCCUAGUGUACUGUUUUAUUUCGUGAAAUAAAAAAAAAUACUUCAAUGGUAACUGUUAAUUUUCUAAAUAUUUUACAAUGGUUUCUGAUUAUUGGAUUGGUAUCGUCAAACGAUCUAGACAGCUGUGUCAAUUCCAGGGCCAGAGACGGCAAAUGCGUACCAAUCGAUCAUUGUCCAGAGCUCUUGAAAAUUGCACGAAAGCCACUGCUUUCUGUUCAAGAAAUGAAAUUCUUAACUACUAACACUUGUGGAAAAGGUUCGGUAUGUUGCGAUCAGCCUACCACAUUGAUAGAAAGCAGACAAAUGACGCUUCCUGAUGUCGAGGAUUGCGGUUUUGGCCACGCAAGUACAAAGAUUAUAGGCGGAUCGGAGACUGACUUGGAGCAAUACAGGUGGAUGGUUGUGAUAGAGCAAAUCGCAAAUGACGAACGCACAGUAAUAUGUGGAGGAACACUUAUAAACACGUUGUAUGUUCUGACAGCGGCACAUUGCUUUGGGAACGUGAAGAAACCUGAGGACUUGGCGUUGCGAUUUGGAGAACAUAACCUUUCAACAGGCAAAGAUUGUGACGAUUCGGGCAACUGUAAUGAUCCCAUCGUCGAAGCGUAUGUUAGCCAGAUAAUAAUGCACCGUCAAUACCGGAGGGAGCGAAACGAUAUUGCUCUUCUAAAACUGACUGAACCAAUUGACUACACAAAAUACAUUUUUCCAAUUUGCUUGCCCGUUUUACCCGACCAACAAGAAUACUUCAAUGAUCGACAUGUUUACGCAGCCGGGUGGGGAACAAAUGAAACAGGUGGAGAUAUGAGUAAGGUCAAAAUGCACGUAGAACUCAAGAUCACCGAAGUGGAAGAUUGUGAGCAUUUAUUUAGUAAAAGUAGACCCGGUGAAAUGCACGUGUGUGCCAAAUCUCCCACGGACAAAGUCGCCGACACGUGUCAGGGAGAUUCGGGAGGUCCAUUGAUGAUUGAGCUCGAAGGAAAGUGGUUUCAUUUAGGGGUAGUCAGUUUCGGGCUUCCGUGUGGAUCGAUGAGUCCUGCAGUUUACACAAGAACUGCAUACUAUAUGGACUGGAUUCAGGAAAAUUUGCUGGAAUGAGGUUUCCUAGGCGUUCCCAAACGCUUUCGGAAACGAAAAAUACCAAUACAAAGAGUUGAACAUCCGACAGAAUUCUACAAAGUUGCUAAAAUGCUAAAUGCAGUCAACUCAUAAAAAGUCAGCUUUACUUGCUGAUUUACAGUUCCAUCCAGAUAUUGUGUGCAGGAUUUUUUUCCUAGGUAGUAGGUAUCAGUAUGUUUUAUUUUUCGUAUUUAUUUAAAUGUGUAGUUAAACUCUAGAACGAAGUAUGUAUUUCAUUUUUUUUUCUAAUGAUUAAUUUUAUGCUUUCGACGACUUUAUUAAAUUAAAUUUUAAAGUUAACCUAGUUGAUUAUUAUUAGAACUCGCCACCAAGUAGAUGAGUCAGCGUCGGGCUGAAUAAAGAAGCGUAUCAAAUUGUCAUCA